UCAUCCGGUGGGGCAAACUGUGAGAGCGGAUACUGAGCAGCUUGUUCAGGUUUUAGAAUCCUUCUGCUGUUACAAGUUGAAAUCGUAGAUUACUGAGAGAUUAAAAGAACAACGGUUACCAGACGUCAGUAUGAGCGGUCCGUUGCCAGGACUCCCCUCCCUAAACCGCUUCAUCACCACCCACAACGCUGAAGGCAAGGCCACCUUUUCGAAAGCCAUCGAUGAGGUGACACCGCUUAAACCAGUGGCCGUCGGAGAUGCUGUCUUCGGACUCCACUACUGCUCAGAGCAGUUUCCAGCCAACUUGAACCAAGAUAUAGACAUCGACACGUACAAGAAGUACAUGGAUCAGGCUCCAGGCUUAGUGAUCAGCUCCGGCACUGUGCUGAGGACAGUUGACAUGCAUCCCGGCGCCAUCUCUCCAAUGCACCGUACGGUCUCACUUGAUUACGGCGUUGUCUUAGAAGGAGAAGUCGAACUUGUGCUGGAUUCGGGGGAAACGAGACCGAUGAAGCGCGGCGACGUGGCGAUACAGCGUGGCACAAUGCACGCCUGGCGGAACAUGUCGAAUACGGAGCCAGCGCGCAUGUUGUAUGUAUUGCAACCGUGCCAGCCCCUGACUGUAGGAGGAGAGCGAUUAGGCGAAGACUUGGAGACGAUGGAAGGAGUCCGUAGCUCCACAUGAAGAUUUGGUGGGACACUUUACUCGUUCGCGUCAAUGUGCUUGUUAGCGUAUAGCUAUCGAACGCCUGAUAACCUCUCGCUGCCGUAAACCCUUUUGAGGAUGAUGUUGAACAUGUUACGUUUCCUACCAGCAUUACCAACGUUGGCCACCCUUCGUUGCCAUGUGCAUGCAAAUCUGCUCCGCUCAGUAAGGUUCAUGCCCCGGGUAGCAAUGAUCAUUGGCACUGACCCUCGCCUGCAACUCAUUCUCGCACUGCAUUGUACGCCGGGCGGAUAAGGUGAAUACCCUUAUCGUACCUUGAACAAAAAAG